UUUCGCAGCAACUUUGAGAAUAACUUCUGUUUUAUUUUCAUUUUAUUCUUGUGCCAGUUUUUUAUUACACUCUGAGGAUAUCAAAUGUAUAACAGGAGCAUUAAGACGGUUUUAAAACUAAAUUAUGGUCGACCUCUUUCUUAUAAUAUCAACCGCAAGUCUCCCCACAUGAAGGGCUUUAAAAGGCGAUUAAAAAAAGCGCGACGAAUGCAAAAGCUGCUCAACAAUCUUUUGAAGGAAGGCGGCAGACUAUCUUCCAGGAUCAAGAGGAUUCCAUUGCAUCAGAGUCGAUCCCUUCUAGCUGAGUGCAUUCAUUUGUUAAGGCGACAAAAUCGACAGAUCGAAAAAAAUGAUCUGCAGGAUAAAGGGAAUGGCAAAACAUUAAGGAAACUUUUACGAAAGUUGUCCCAUCAUAGAUCGAGCAGUUUAUUCCUUAAGAAAUAUUUUAACAAGGCAAUCAAUGAGUACAAAUCUAUGGAGCUUUCAAUAGAACAAAGGGAAGCCUUAUUAGACUUUAAAACUAAAAUGAUCAGAAAGUUUCUUAGGAGAAAUUUAAAACAAGCUGAUAAAUGUAUUCAAGUGACAAGGUUUAUGAUAAAAAAUUAUUUGCGGUAUGUUAGAAGAAUAAAAAGAAUUAAAAGGAUUGCUUUAAAAAUACCUUUCGAGAAAGACUUUUGUCAGUUUUUUAUUGGCACUGAAGUCAAAAAAAAAGGUUUCAGUGACAAUAAGAAAUUGCCAAUGCCUAUUCAGGUUCAAAGGAGCAAUCUAACACCAUUGGUUCACCAUAAAAGAGAAGCAAAAGACACAGAAAAAAACAAAAAAAUUAUAGAUAAAAGCAAAAUUCGUGGUGGAAGGACUACAAAUUUGGGAUCAGGAUCAAGAGAAGUAUUUUAUAGAAGAACAGAAGGGUGUUAUAAAUUAGGUAAGCUUUCCAAAAAAUCCAGCGAAUACCCAAUAAAUCACACAACAAGGGUCUACCAAAAUCUACCAAAAUCAAAGGUGAAUACUACUGUGGACCCCCGAAAGUUAGCUCCCCAAAAAUCCGAAAACAACAUAACAGUUGGAAGAAAAGAAAAUUUGCAAAGUUAUCAAAAAUACUUUCCUUAUCUUAACCCAAAAAUACAACAAAAAAUUAAAGUGAAGAAUGAACAAAAAAUAUUGUUGGCCGACAAAAAAGGCAAUUAUAAAGCAACGGAACUUAAAGCCGAAGGUAAGAGUAAUGAAAAGGACGAGGUUAAAGAAAAUCUGCAGGAUGCUCAUAAAUUUACGAGAAUAAAGACAAAAAAACAAAAAAAUAAAGAAAAACGAAUAAUGGCAAUAGAUUCAUAUACAAAUAUGCAAGACUUUCGAGGUACGGAAACACAAAGUCAUUUCUCAAUCGACGAAAAGGAAAAUUUGCAAGGUAGUAGGAAAAAGAUUCCUUACAUCAGGUCCACAGAACUUCAAAAUAAAAUUACCAAAACUAAAAAAUCGGCUAGAGCAGGAAAAUCGAAAAAAGAAAUAAGGUCAUUUGAGAGUUUCAAAAGUAAAUUUCCAAAAAUGAAAAUGUGGCAUCGGAGUCACAAAAAAAUUCCAAGAAAAUUUAUAGCGACUAAGGAGGAAACCUUAAAAAAUCUAUCUUCAGUAUUACUCGAUGUGCCUAAGAAGAAAACCUUAAAAAACUUAUCUUCAGAAUUACUCGAUGUGGCUAAGGAGAAAACCUUAAAAAACGAACCUUCAGAAUUACUCGAUGUGGCUAAGGAGAAAACCUUAAAAAACGAACCUUCAGAAUUACUCGAUGUGGCUAAGGAGAGAACCUUGAAAUACGAACCUUCACAAUUACUCGGUAUGAUUAAGAAGAAACCCUUAAGAAACAAGCCUUCAAAAUUACUCAAUAUGGAUAAGGAGAAAACCUUAAAAAACGAACCUUCACAAUUACUUGGUGCGACUAAGGAGAAACCCUUAAGAAACGAACCUUCAGAAUUACUGGAUGUGGGAAAGGUGAAAACCAUGAAAAACGAACCUUCAGAAUUACUCGAUGUGGCAAAAAAAACCUUAAAAAACGAACCUUCACAAUUACUCGGUGUGACUAAGAAGAAACCCUUAAGAAACGAACCUUCAGAAUUACUGGAUGGGGCUAAGGUGAAAUCCUUAAAAAACGAAUCUUCAGAAUUACUCGAUGUGGCUAAGUUGAAAGCCUUAAAAAACGAACUUUCACAAUUACUCGGUGAGACUCAGGAGAAACCCUUAAGAAACGAUCCUUCAAAAUUACCCAAUGUGGAUAAAAGCAACAACAAUGAGACUACCAAGAACAUUUUAAAAGUAGGCAAUUUUAAUUCGUUUACUUACGAAAAAUUAAAAGCCGCUCGCCAGGUCAUCGGUUUUAAGCCCACUGAAAAUAAUUCGGUUAAUGAGAAGAAGGAUUAA